CCGGAUUAUAAUAAUUAUCAAUUAUCAUACAUCAUUAUCAUUAUUAAAAUUUUCCACUAAAUUUUUUAUUUUAUUCAAUUUCCUUAUUUUGUUGCUUUCCUCCUCAGCGUUUAAAUACUCUGGAUAGGCUUCUUGGCUUUCUCUCAGGUUUCCCCCUUUUCCCCUUCUACUUUCCCUCUCUACUUCCCCUCUCCAGAGCGAGAGAAGAAGAAAAAAAAAAAUGGAGCUGGCUCUGAGCUUGGGCGACGCCUCCAAACCCUUCAAGUUCCUCGACAAAGCCGCACCGACCAAAGAUCACCACUUGGGCUUCUGCAUGGGCUUGGGCGGCGGCGGCGGCGGCGGAGGAGGAGCAGCCGCUGCUAGUAGCUCUGCUAUUGCCGCUUCGAGAUCGCCCCACCGGGAGAUCAUCGAUCGACGAGGAGACGACGGGAGAAGGAUGAAUGCAUCGGCAUCGACAGACCCGCAGACUCCGCUGCAGCUCGAUCUCCUGCCUUUCUCCCCUGUUCACAGAAGACCCACGGCGGCGGCACCGGCGUCGGAGGCUCGGUUCCCGUGGCUUAUUGCUACCGACCCAGCUCUGACUUCGUCUGCGCAUGGGGCGAUGGACGGGUCGACACAAGCGAGGCGAUUAGAAGUGAACCGUUUCUCGGGGGAGGAAGGGGACGACGGGGCGGCGCUCUCGUCUCCCAACAGCGGCGGCUCGUCGCUUCAGAUGGAUUUCGGGGUCGGUAGUGGCGGCGCCGGCGGAGCCUUUGGUCCAGGGAAGCGAGAUUUGGAGGCAGCUGAAGCCGAACGAGCGAGUGAUGAUGACGAGAACGGAUCCACUCGGAAGAAACUCCGACUUUCCAAAGACCAAUCGGCUUUUCUCGAAGAGAGCUUCAAAGAGCACAACACCCUUAACCCCAUUUUCCUCCCUUUGAAUCUGCAGAAGCAAAAGCUAGCGCUGGCGAAGCAGCUGAAUCUACGGCCGAGGCAGGUGGAGGUGUGGUUUCAGAACAGAAGGGCCAGGACAAAGCUGAAACAAACAGAGGUGGAUUGCGAGUAUUUAAAGAGGUGCUGCGAGACACUGACAGAAGAGAACAGGAGGUUGCAAAAGGAACUGCAGGAAUUAAGAGCCCUGAAGACUUCCCAGCCUUUCUACAUGCAGCUCCCUGCCACCACCCUCACCAUGUGCCCUUCCUGCGAGCGCGUCGCCACCACCAACACCUCAACCUCCGCCGCUCCCGCCGGCAACCCAAUCACCACCGCCGCCGCUGCUACCACAAGCGGCACGAACAACAACUCAUCAACAGCAUUGUCGUUGGGUGGUGGUGGUGGUGGAAGUAAUGGCAGCAGCAGCAGUAAUGGCAGUAGGAAUGUGCAUCCUUUUGUGCAGCAGCUUCACAUGUCUAAACAGCAACAGCAGCCUCAACCUAACCAACCAGCUGCUUCUUGACUUGCUAAAGUAGAGCUACAGGUCCAUUAAUAAGGCGGAGGAGUGAAAAAGUGAAAACCCAGCUGUAAAUAUUUGUGGGUCAGUAGUUUUUUUGUUCCUGGGGGAAGUGGGGUGUUUUUUUUUUUUUUUGGAAGGGUGGUUGUUUGUUGUGUGUUUUAUUUGUCUUCUACUCUUUUCCCUUUCUUUGACUAGCUAGCUACCAUGGGGGAUGAUGAAGAAGUAGAAAGAAGAUAGCUUUUAUUCCUCCUCUUUUGGUUUCGAAAGAAAAAGACUUCAGAUUUGUUGGGUGGUAUUCAAUUGAUUUUUGUGCAUUGAAUAUGAAAGGAGGUUUUUUUUCGCUUUGACUGAUGAUGAUCAUGAAUUAUAUUGUUUGUUAUGAUGGUGUUUUAUUGGUUCUCCCACU